AUGUUCCCACAAGGCAACAACAUCAGAGUGGGUGGCCCUACUAAUCACCAAAAAUCAUAUCCAUCAUCAUUUCAAGAACACGAUGCACUCUUUGGCUCCUACGAACAUCUCGCCGACUGUCCUCAACCUGAAGAGGCUCUGCUCCGCCUGCGAAAGAUAGCGUCUCUCGUCAAGCCCCUAAUGAGGAAGCGCUCUUGGAAGGUCAGAGUCCUCAGCGAGUUCUUGCCCGAUGACCAGCGCUUGCUGGGUCUGAAUAUCAACAAGACAUUCAAGAUCUGUGUGCGUCUACGAUAUACACACGAACCGAGCACAUUUCUCCCCAUCGAGCAAUGUGUCGACACGCUUCUGCACGAGCUCUCGCAUAUCGUCUUUAGUGACCACGAUUCGAACUUUCAUAGCCUAUGGGAUGAGCUUCGGGAUGAUCAUGAAAGAUUAAUUCUGCGAGGCUACACUGGCGAGGGUUUCUUGACCGGUGGCAAGAGGCUUGGUGGUGGUCCUGUACCUCCGCAGCAUGAGAUGAGGCGUCUGGCGCGCGCUAAUGCAGAGCAGCGUCGUGUGCUCCAGAAAGGUUCUGGCAGGACAAUUGGAGGACAGCGUGUAGCACCAGGGACAGAUCUUCGCAGAGUUCUCGCAGAUGCCGCAGAUCGGAGAGCAAUUGUCGAUCGUGGGUGUGCGUCAGGCACUGCUCAGGCUAACAAUCUAGCAGACCAAGCUGGCAGACAUACCUUCAAGACCAAGGCAGAAGAAGACGAUGCCAACAACCGCGCCAUUGCAGAGGCAUUGUUUGAUCUCAUGGAAGAAGAAGAAGCGCAAAAGAUGAAGGGAACUUACAGUACACCUUCGACAGCUGGUGGGUUGACAUGGUCAAAAGAACAUGGACUCGCUACCCCAACCAAGAAACCCACGACGAAGCAGGCACCACCCAACUCUGCCGGUUGGGCAUGUCAAGUGUGUACUUGCAUAAAUCAGAAGACGCAUCUUGCCUGCGAUGCUUGCGGCGUGGAGCGCCCAGCGGCCAUGAUAUCAGCUACUGGUCCUAGUGCUGUCGGUCGUAAGAUAAACGCGCGUCCUACCCCGGUACACACAGAAAAGAAGCAAGCCAAGAGAGAACCUAUAGGAUGGAAUUGUCGCGAGUGUGGCACCUUUGUGGAGAACAUGUGGUGGUGUUGCACCCUUUGCGGUCUAAUGAAGGAUCGCUCGUGA